GUGGUUGGAGUCAUGUUAAGUCGGGUAAGGGAAAACGCAUAGUACGGGGAAAUGAAAUGUACGACACAACACCGGCUCAAAGUCGACUCUGAUCGGUAUACUUGCAUGUGGCGUUCAAGGGUAGAUCAAUCAUUGUAAAAUGAAUUGUAUAAUUGUGUACACAAUUUGGGUCACUGUCAGCGCAGGUGUUGUAACGUUACCAGAUACAAAAUGGUACAGUGAAUGAACGGUUGUUUCUGGCUAGUAACGUUAUAAUCAGGGCAUCCGAGAGGUUAGCCUCACAGCUAGCACCUGGACUUUGAACCUUAAUACUGUUUCAACAGUUUCUCUGUCUGUGUCAUCUGCAGAUUUACCAGAAACACAAAAUGGCUUUAUCCAUCCAGUUACAGGCAAGACUAGAUGAUUUAUCUGUAAAACAAAGGCAGUAAUUUACACGAUAAGCAGUCCAUGUUUUAAAUAACCCAGGUUGCAAAUUGUAUUAUUUUUGUGAUGAUAUUUUAUGACUGUAAGAAGUUUAAUUUUGUUGUGUACUUUUGUUUCAAACCCUCUGUUGAAGGUGCAGCAUCAUUUGGUAGAUGAUCCUGAUGAAGGCCCUGAGCUAAAACUUGGUGUUGACAUAAACCAGGUUCUUCCAGUCGGUUACCCUUUACACAGAGAGAAACUGAAAGCAGUUCUUCUCCCGCUGAUGACAGCACUUUUCGAUACUGUAAUUGAAAAGUUGGUUACCCGUUACACAGAGAGAAACUUAGAGCAGUUCUUCUCCUGCUGAUGACAGCACUAUCUCUGCGAUCAUGCUUCCCCGGGUGGGUAAAGAGUUUAUGCUCCGAAUAAGUUUCAACUGGCGGCCGCUUUUCCAGGGACGGGCCCUGCUGCUCACAAACACCCUGAGUGGAGGAGUAUUAUUGGCGGUGGGAGAUAUCGUGCAGCAGACCCGGGAGAACAUGAGGAAACCAGACAGAGUUCGGGACUGGAGGAGGACAGGGCAAAUGUUUACGGUGGGCUGCUCCAUGGCUCCAAUGCUGCAAUACUGGUACAUCUGGCUGGACAAAGUGUUCGUGGGCAAAGCUCUGAAAACAGUUGGCAAGAAGGUUCUGGUGGACCAGCUGGUCGCCUCACCGUUUUUGGGGAUGUGGUAUUUUUUAGGUAUGGGUCUCAUGGAGGGACACACUUUAUCUGAAGGAUGGAAGGAGUUCAAAGACAAGUUCUUGGAGUUUUAUAAGGCGGACUGCUGUGUUUGGCCUCCCGCUCAGAUGAUCAACUUCUACUUCAUCUCGCCCAAAUUCCGCGUUUUGUACAUCAACUUUGUCACCAUAGGAUGGGACACCUACCUGUCCUACCUCAAACACAGAGAUGACAGCCACCCCACUGAGCAGGAAUCAGACAGCAGUGCUGUGGAUGUACAGCAGGAAGCGCUCCCACCGUCCAAACCUCUGGAGGCCAAAGCUUAGAGAUGGAGUUCAUGCACAACUGUGAAGACAUUCUUCGGAGGCUAAAUUACUUUUUGCCUUUUUUUUAUCUGUUCAAACGUUGUACCUUGUUGCGAGACUGUUAUAACAGAAUUAUCUUUCCUCCGACAAACCGUUCCUCUCUAAGUUUAGAAUGACCACAUGUUUCUGUCUGAACUCAGAGGACUUGAAGUGGAGUUUAAGUGGAAGUGCUGGAACUUUUCCCUUCAUGUUUGUAGUUUUAAUGUGUCGAUGUCCAGUUUGUUUAUUUAUCUAAAUGAUGUGCACUCCUGUAGGAACAUUCAGGGAUACAAAGCUGUUUCACUGCCUGUCAGGCUAAUACCUCUAAUGGUUGUGUUUUUUCUAUCACAUCCUAGGAAAGAGUUCAACUGCUGUCAUUAACACAACCUGCAGCAAGGCACCUACAUGCAACUUCCAGUUGUUGGGAAGGUUUGAAGUGUGAAACUUACAUUGACCACGUUUACAUGCACAUAAUAUUCCGGUUUUCCGAAAUAUUCCUAAAAAGACGAUAUUCCGACCAAGCUGUUUACAUGUAGCCGUGCAAAAUACGAUUUAAAAAAAAAAAAAAAAAACAACGAAGUUUUCCUGCUAGUGGCGGACUUUUGGACCGUGCCAACGAAGCCUCCCUCUUUUAUUACUUCAACAGCUUCUCCUUUUUUUAAGUACCUUACAUUUUAGAUUAGGUGUUGGUCAUUCUCAACACCUUUCUAUCCCCUGCUUUGACUCAUCAAUUCCGGACUCUGUGCUGCUGCCAGCCUGUGUAAUGUAUGUUACUCACCGUCGAUCGACUGUUAACGUUAGCUGUCAACCCAUAAGCGGAGUUUGACAUUCGAGCCAGGGGGGGCAAAACAAAAUAAAACUCGUUGUAGCAGCUGGGACCUGGCCUACCACUUGGGGAACACAGCACGAGCAUAUAUGG